AUGCGUGAAUCAAAGAUUACAGAAAGUAAGUCUGCAGCAUUUCUAGGUUCAAAUGGUGAUGACGGAGAUGAAAAGGAUAUGGAGGUAGAACAGAGAGAGGAAGAGGAGGAGGAAGAAGGCGACGAGGAAGAAGAAGCAUAUGAAAAGAAGAAAGAGGAUGAGGAAGGCGUUGAGAAAGAAGAAAAUGAAGAUGAUAAAAAAGUAUAA